AUGAUCGCCUCAGUCCUCUGCUUUUGCUUCUCUACCUCGUGGAUUUUUCGCCAGUCAGCCUGGGCAGCCAAUAAUUUGCGGGCUCAGUCAAAAUACUCAGGUCUUAUAAAUAUCUCAAAUCUCAUCGAUGACCCCCUAGAAAUUUGUGAUGACCCUGCAAGAGUAACGAACUCCAAGGUACAAAAGGAUUGUUUUACGGAGCCCGCUCCAGGCCUGGUGAUCCUUGACAUGGCGCUGAACGUCGUUCUCACCACGGAGUUCCUCCUUAAAGUUCUUCUAGCCCCAGAUAAACACAAAUUCCUUACGUCAAUUGUCUCGAUAAUAGACAUGGUCAACCUAGUCACUUAUUGGAUCUACAUCAGUGUUUUCUACUUUACAUACUACCACAAGAAACAAGGCGUCACCACACUUGACCUUGUCAGACCUCCUAACAACCUUUGGCUGCUGAAUAUCCUCUCAAUGAUACAGAUUAUGCGAAUAUUAAGGAUUUUCAAGGUAUCAAAGAUUUCUCGUGGUCUUCGAGUUUUAAUGUUGACUGUGAAAAAGUCCAUCCCUGAAUUAAUGCUGCUUGCGUUUUUGCUCAUGAAUGGCAUGUUCAUGUUCUCCUGUAUGAUCUACAUGGCUGAAUACAGCGUCAACGACACAUUCGCGGACAUUCCUGAGGCCUUUUGGUGGUCCAUCAUAACACUGACAACAGUGGGGUAUGGGGACACUUAUCCGAAAGGCACGGCGGGCUACAUUGUCGGCUCAAUGGCUGCUAUCUCAGGUUGCGUCGUGACUGGCCUUGCCAUUCCUAUCAUCGGGAAUAAUUUUAACACUUAUUAUAUGUACAUGAAGAACCAACUUAAGGAAGAUAAGUACCUGAAGGAGCUAAGGCGAGAUAUUAACUCUGUUGGUGGAAAUAAUAUAAUGAAGGGCUUAGGAGGCUUUGCGGAGAAGACCGGCAUUCCGAUGCUUCAUAGAAAGUACAGGCAAUUUCGGGCUGAUAAGCAGUACGCUGUGAGUAAUCGCACAGUUAACUCCAAUGCUGCAAAAAGGGAAGAGGGACGCAGAAGACCAAGGCCUAUGGUCUCUCCAAUUAGAAAGAAGAAUAUUUCAGAGAAUGAGCCUGUCAGUAACCUGAAGAAGAGCUUGCUUAGUAACUCAGGAAGCAGGUUAGUCGAACGCGAAGCCAAUAACUUUGGAGACAACACCAGAACUACGACCCUGGAGCGGGCCUCUCCUGGUGAAUCGGGGGACCACAGGCAGAGCAUUGGACAGUCUCCAGACCCCGUGUCUGAUCGCCGAACAAGCAUGCUGCAUCCUUUGGCUACUGAUGGAUUGCUAAAUUUAAUUCCUUCCUCUGAGAUACACACAUCCGGAAGCAUAAUGCGGCUGGAGUGGGAAGAACCUAAUGAGAUGGAGUUGGAGGAGCUUCGUUACAUUCGUGCAGCUCUGAGAAAUCGGGGUCCAACAAAUCCAGACCGGGAAAGCUCUAGUAGUGGUCAUGAUCAAAACCCAAAUGGGGUGCCUUUCUCUGAAUUUGCUGCGAGUUUCAAUGAGCAACCAACUGAUACUUCCUUUUAUGCUACAACAGAUUGCACCAAGCUCAGUCCCCUAGCAAAAAAUACUGGUCUGAAACGGAACUAUGUAUGA